AUGUGUGAGAAAAUGAACAAUUCCGAAUUGUUUACAAAACUGUCCUGUGCCAGUCUAUCCCGUUUCACCCUACUUAAUGCCCCGAAAUUCCAAGAAAUGAAAAUAACAAACAUCAACGACAGGCAAGAAAUGACAGAAUAUUCUAUUCCGGAAAUUAUUGAAGUCUCCAAAGUGCGAACUGCUCAUUUUUCACAGUACAAACACCUGCAGAGUGUCAAUCAACCCAACGGACACACUCCAAUAACAGACAAAAAGGGUCGAGGAAAUUGCGAAAUGACAGAAAAUUCUAUCCCGAAAAUUAUUGAAGCGUCCCAAUUGCAAACCGCCAACAUUUCAAACUUAAAAACACCUACCCAGUGCCAACCUAUCCAAUGCCUCCAGUUCCAGGGUCCCAGAAGCCAGAAAAAACCCAAACAAAUUACCAAACGACAGAAAAUUCUACUUCGAAAAUUACCGAAGAGUCCCAACUGCACACCGCCGAUAUUUCAAACUACAAAACACCCAUCCACUGCCAAAGUGCUUACCCAAACUCAUCGAUUUGUUUCUCUCGCCGUCGCUGUCGUUGGCGAGUCUCACAACUCACACAACGUUCAAAACGACAUUGAUCUCUAUCUCUCAUUGGCCGUAGAAAAUCUCUAA